CUUCUCUCUCACUCUUCUCUUUAGAUACACAUCGCUUAACCACUUGUCAUCGGCCGCCAGAGCUGUCCUACAAAAUCAGCAACAAAUCCAGCAAAUGAUUAACGAUUUAAAUCGAGUCGACUUUAAGAACGUUCAGGAACAGGCGAGUUGGGUCUGUCAGUGCGACGACGAAGUGGUCGAACAGAUUGAACAGAGUUUUAAACUAUUAUUACAAGAAACGAAUCCGUUUGACAAGUGGGGCGUCUGGUGUGAACAGAUCCUAGACCUCUGCCUAACCGAUGAUGACGUCCGGUCGGCCACACAGUUCUUCUUCAAAUGGGGUUUCUAUAGUUCUCUUGUGAUGAGAGACCUGACCCUCCGGUCCGCCUCUUCUUUCGGUUCAUUUCAUUUAAUUCGUCUGCUUUACGACGAAUACAUAUUUUAUUUGAUUGAACACAGAGUGGCCAAAGCGACCGGAAAAACGCCUUUACAAGUGCUCGGAGAGGCGCGUUCAAUGCGGACCAGGAGUUUAGUGGACGUGAACGCUGAACACAACUGACAAUAUAUUGAAUGCCAUAUGAAGUAUUAGAUUAUGAUAACUAUUAUAUUUGUUUUCCC